AAAAAACGUCUGUCAAUCAAGGUACCUACCAACUCCCUCCUCUCGCCUCGCCUCGCCUCUCACAGUAGAGCACAGAGAUUCAUUCUUUUCUGCUGGAAAUCUUUUCAAUCAGAUUCUGUGAUCAGUUGCAGGGGAGGUUUCUCUAGAAAAUGUUGGAAUAUGGUGAGAAAUGAAGCCUAGGUUGAUGAAAUGGGGUGUGUAUGUGGCCGCCAGGCACGGUUGGGGACAACAUCUAAAGCCAAACGGGAAGAGAACUCGAGGGAUGAACGAUCUAGGCGACGUGCAGAAAAUGUGACAGUGACGAAGAGCAAUGGUGCUAGUGCUGUGGAGGUGAAAAAUGAUGAGAUCCUGAAGGAGAAAUACCCUGAUAGGGAUAGGAAACCGAGGGUUGAAAGGAGAAGGUCGAAACCAAAAUCGCAUUUGAGCAAUCCGCAAAAGCAUUUACAUGGAGAGCUGGUUGCUGCUGGUUGGCCAUCUUGGCUCUCAGAUGCUUGUGGUGAAGCGCUGAAUGGGUGGAUUCCUAGGCAAGCAGACACCUUUGAGAAAAUAGAUAAGAUUGGACAAGGAACAUACAGUAAUGUCUACAGAGCAAAGGAUAUGCUGACUGGUAAAAUAGUGGCCCUAAAGAAGGUUCGGUUUGACAAUCUGGAACCCGAGAGCGUGAAGUUUAUGACAAGAGAGAUUCUUGUGUUGCGAAGACUUAAUCAUCCUAAUGUUCUGAAAUUGGAAGGUCUGGUCACAUCAAGGAUUUCGUGUAACUUAUAUCUUGUUUUUCAGUAUAUGGAACAUGAUUUGGCUGGUCUUGCUGCUAGUCCUGUAGUGAAAUUCUCGGAGCCAGAGGUUAAAUGUUUUAUGCGUCAACUGCUAUCUGGGUUGGAGCACUGUCAUAGUCAUGGUGUUCUUCAUCGGGACAUCAAAGGAUCAAAUCUUCUUAUCGAUGAAAGUGGAGUACUCAAGAUUGCUGAUUUUGGGCUGGCGACAAUUUUUGACCCAAAUCACAGGCGACCGAUGACAAGUCAGGUGGUUACAUUGUGGUAUCGAGCACCAGAGCUUCUUCUUGGAGCUACUGAUUAUGGUGUAGGUGUUGAUCUUUGGAGUGCUGGCUGUAUUUUAGCUGAACUAUUGGCUGGAAAGCCUAUUAUGCCCGGCCAUACCGAGGUAGAGCAGUUGCAUAAGAUAUACAAGUUAUGUGGUUCACCUUCAGAGGAAUACUGGGAAAAAGGAAAUUUCUCACAUGGAGCCAUAUACAAGCCUCGGGAACCAUACAAAAGAUGCAUAAGAGAGACAUUCAAAGACUUUCCGCCAUCAUCUCUUCCCCUCGUCGACACUCUUCUUUCAGUUGAACCAGAAGAUCGGCAAACUGCAACUGCUGCAUUGAGAAGUGAAUUCUUUACUACUGAACCAUAUGCCUGUGAACCUGCUGAUCUUCCUAAAUAUCCCCCAAGCAAAGAAAUGGAUGCUAAACGACGAGAUGAAGAAGCUCGAAGACAAGGAGAUGAUGCUAAUAAGCUCCAACUCCAAGGGGAUGGUACAAGGAAGAAUCAGAACCGGGUUCCUUCUAAUAGAGCCAUUCCAGCUCCAGAAGCCAAUGCCGAAAUUCAAACUAAUGUCAAUCAGAGACAGAGAAAUGUCACGCAGUCGAGCGCAAAGACCAAGAGUGAGAAGUUUCCAGCCCCCCAUCAGGAAGGAGGGGCAUUAGGGCUUCCAUUAGGGGCCUCACAGCACAUAAACCCGACUUCAGCCCCUCCCGUUAUCGUCCCUCUCUUCACUUCAACUUCCUUCGACUUCUCCAAAGAUGACCCGCCCACGCAGGUUCAGACAUGGUCUGGUCCAUUCGGUCACCCCAUAACCGGGACCGCGAACAAGAAGAAGAAGAAGAAGAAAAAGAAGAAGAAGAAGAAGAAAACGACGACGACGAAAGAGAGUGAUCAGAAUAACAAAACCAGCGAAGAAAAUCCAUAGAGGCUUCGUCUCCUCCAUGUAAACAGUGCAAGUGGUCUGGUUGAAAGCUUUUCUAUGCAUUAUUAUUUUUUUGUUGGUUCCCUGUGAAAAAAAAUGUUAUUUUUUUGCUUACAUUACAAAAGCUUGGACUGUCUCAUAAAUGCUUAUAAAUAAGCUCUGUUGUUCUUCCGAAAGGUUUAUAUAUCUCAUGCUGAGUUGAUAUUGGAUA